AUGCCUCUUGCUGCGGUCUACGAAUCCAUUAAUACCAUGGCUAGCUCUGCGCCAGGUGGGAAGAAUGACAGUGGCAAGAAAGCAGUGCGUCAUAUCGAAAACCUACCACUGCUUUUGACCUCCGGCUCACUCGAGUCUUUGUCAACAGAAGGAAAAUGGCUCCCGCAAUUCAUGCGCCAGGCAAUCGUUCGUAGCAUUUCCAAUCGCAUUGCUGGACUCCUACUAGUGGGGACGUCAGCUUUUCUUGUAAGCUGCACAACGACACUGGCGAAAGACAACACCAUCAAGUUGACAUCCGUGGAAUUAUUGUUCUGGCGCUCGCUCGUGUCCUGGCUACUCACGCUCGUUGCGAUCGCGGCUACUGGCACUGGAAUGCGCGUGAAAAAAGAGUUUUAUCGCCCGCUGGUUCUUCGAUGUAUCACGGGCUGCACCACCAUGAUCCUUACUAUCAUAGUGCUGCAAAAUCUAGCGGUAUCAAACGCUACCGUGAUCACGUACUUCAGUCCGCUACUCGCGUUUGUCCUGGCUGCCAUUUUUCUAAACGAAAAACCUGGAGUUUUCGAGGUAGGCUGUUCUAUGGUCUGUGUUGUUGGAGCAGUGCUAGUCGUACGACCGGCGUUUCUCUUCGGCAAGAAUGGAUCGACGGACACCAGAUGGUAUCGACGGUCUAUGUCAAGCUUCGUGACUUCAACUCUGUUCGGCGAGUGGUUGGCUAUUGGGUGCGCCGUAGUUGUGGUAUGCAUGGAAGCGGGUGCUUACGUGUCCUUGCGCAGCUUGCAGAAGGUUCCUCACCUCGUGGUGAUGCACUACUUUCUACUCGCGACAACACUUGUCUCGCUGGCUGCAAUCUUCUGCUUGCAGCAGUAUGGCAAGGCCAAGACGGGUGGCCUAUCAUUAGAGACAUGGGGCGCGAUCUUAGGCACAGGGGCACUAACUUUCACGGAGCAGCUUUUUCUCACGCGUGGAUUCCAGUUCGACGGCGCUGGAGUGCUGGCAGCCACACGAUUGCUGCACGUUGGAUGCGAGUUUGUGUGGAGCGUGAUCCUCCUGGGUACUGCACUGAACGCGUGGAGUGCAGGUGGAGCAGCCACGACUGCCGCCGGAGUGCUAUUCUUGGCGCUGCAUCGAGUGCAUAAUCAUUGGGCGGUAAAACGCAAUAUGAGGCGAAUGCUGGAGUAG